UUAAAAGGCGGCGGGCGGGAGGCGGUGGUGGCGGUGGUUGGGGCCAUUGCUCUGCCCGCCGGGUUUUCCCCCCCUUCCUGCCGGCUCUGCCGUUCGUUAGUCUGCCUGUUAAAAAGAGGAGGCAAGAUGGCCGAGCUGGGCAGUAAGGGGGUCACCGCCGGGAAAAUCGCCAUCAACGUUCAGAAGAAGCUGACUCGGGCGCAGGAGAAGGUCCUUCAGAAGCUUGGGAAAGCAGAUGAAACAAAAGAUGAGCAGUUUGAACAGUGCGUGCAGAACUUCAAUAAACAGCUGUCUGAAGGCACGAGGCUGCAGAAGGACCUCCGAACUUACUUGGCUUCUGUGAAAGCUAUGCAUGAGGCCUCCAAGAAGCUGACAGAGUGUCUGCAGGAAGUUUAUGAACCAGAUUGGCCUGGGAGAGAUGACACGAAUAAAAUAGCAGAGAACAAUGAUCUCCUCUGGACAGAUUUCCAUCAGAAGCUGGUGGAUCAGGCGCUCCUGACCAUGGAUACGUACCUUGGCCAAUUUCCUGAUAUUAAAUCUCGUAUAGCGAAGCGAGGGCGGAAGCUUGUGGAUUAUGACAGUGCUAGACACCACUUUGAAGCCCUGCAAACUGCAAAGAAGAAGGAUGAAACCAAAAUUGCAAAGCCUGUUUCGCUGCUUGAGAAAGCUGCGCCUCAGUGGUGUCAAGGGAAGCUACAAGCUCACCUCGUUGCGCAAACUAAUCUGCUCCGAAAUCAGGCUGAGGAAGAGUUAGUAAAGGCUCAGAAGGUAUUUGAAGAGAUGAAUGUUGAUCUGCAGGAGGAGCUGCCUUCACUAUGGAAUAGCCGUGUUGGUUUCUAUGUCAACACAUUCCAGAGUAUAGCAGGCCUAGAAGAGAACUUCCAUAAAGAAAUGAGCAAGUUGAACCAAAACCUCCAUGAUGUCCUGUUGGGUCUAGACAAGCAGUACUCGGGCAAUGCCUUCCCAGUUAAAGCACAGCCCAGAAAGAAAACUAAACUGUUCGCCAGGCUGAGGAAAAAGAUGAGCAGUGACAGCACCCCAGCGAAAGCAAAUAAAAGCCCCUCGCCUCCACCAGAUGGAUCUCCCAUCACCAGCCCUGAGACCAAGACUGUCAACCAUGAUCUGGAGCCGUCCACUUUGGAAACACCUGGGGCAAGCAUCCCCAAGUCACCAUCUCAGUUGAGGAAAGGGCCUCCGGUGCCUCCGCCUCCAAAAGUCACCCCCUCCAAGGAGAUCAAGCAGGAGAACAUCAUCAGUCUGUUUGAUGACAAUUUUGUCCCCGAGAUAAGUGUGACAACCCCUUCGCAGUUUGAUGCCCCUGGGCCCUUCCAGGAGGGAGCCAGCCUGUUGGAUCUGGAUUUUGAUCCCAUUAAACCAGAUGCCACUGUGGGGAAGACCCCCACACCUGCCUCCCAGUCUUUACCUUGGGAUUUAUGGGAGCCUGCAGAAGCAGCCCAUGCCGGAGCUGAAGCAGCUGGAUCAGAAGCAGCAGCUGGAGCUGAACCAUCUAAAACUGAAGCUGAUUCAGGAUCGAGCUCUCUGCCUGCUGUUGUUGUGGAAACUUUCCCUGCUACCGUCAAUGGCACUGUGGAAGGAGCUUCAUCUGAAAGAGCUGACAUGCCCCCAGGUUUUCUAUUCAAGGUCCAGGCCAUGCAUGAUUACACAGCCACCGACAGCGAUGAGCUGCAGCUGAAGGCUGGGGAUGUGGUGCUUGUGAUUCCUUUUGAGAACCCUGAGGAACAGGACGAAGGAUGGCUGAUGGGUGUGAAGGAGUCUGACUGGAUCCAGCGCAAGGAACUUGACCAGUGCCGAGGGGUAUUCCCAGAAAAUUUCACAGAACGGGUGCAGUGAAAGCCCAAGCCCACCAGACGCAUUUCUGCUGGAAGAAAGCAAGUUUUCUGGUAGAUAAUUGAAAAAAGAACAGUGAAAUGAAAAGAAGAGAGAAUUCUAAAGGAACAGAAGCCUGGGGAAAAGUCAACUUAAAGGGUGUGUUCUUCUCAAAGGGCAAGGUUUCAGAAGUAAAUUGAAAUUCAAAGUGUUACCAAAAUAUAUACAUAUUAAUAAUAAUAAGGCAAGUCAAAUACCCUCUUCCCCCUUUGGUUUUAACAGCAUUUGGAUUCAGAGGACUGAUGCAGAAGCAACUCAGUGGUUCUCUGAAUACUGUAUUGACUGAAUUGGUGAGAUGUCAGUCUAAUUCCUGGAAAGGCAGUAUUUGUCUGAUGGCUUGAGAGUAGAAGCCGCUUUUGCUCUUGGAUUGGUCCAUCUGUUUUGUCUUGAAGGUGGCUUGCAUGGCAACCAUAAAAAUUCAGCCUUUCCUGUGUAUUCAACCCACAGUAGGCCAAACUUUCUGUUAUGCUGUUAAAAAAAAAUAUUCAGUGUAUAGUGUUCACCAAUACAAUGUAUGUGUGUGUGCGUGUAUUUUAUUUUCUUCCUUUAAAAACAAUAUUACACAAA